AUGCCCGCCUGUUCCGAUUUACACGCUCCGUUUCUCAUCGCAUACAAGCAGAUAUGUCGAGCACGGCGAGCGAAAUGCGACAAUGAAAAGCCUUGCUCCUAUUGCCGGAGAAUUGGAGCAACCUGCUCGUCUGAGCCUAUUUCGGCCACAGCAGGCUUCGACCCAGCUAGCCUGGCCAUUCUGGCCAAGUUAGAGGAGCUUCAAAGCGGAAUGGAAUCGCUGUCUGGCCAUUUGCAAAGACCGCCCUCUCAUUCUCCAAACGCCACGCUAGUUGCCCAAGAAUCUAUACACACUAUCUCCCCCGUGCAGGCCCCGCUCGCCUUACGCUUGGACCGCCAUUUGCAGCGCGGUAAUAUCAGUCAGGUGCUUGCUUGGGACAUUUGGCAGCCUCAUGAGCUACCACAAUGUCUCACUGCCGGUGAGGACGAACCGGGUGCCAAUCCAACAUCUUUCAGCAGAGCACGUACGUCUGUUUUGGAUCAAGGCCCUGAUAUUAGCCUUUUUACCGGUUAUUUAGACGCCUUUUUCAGCAACGUUCACGUUUUGAACCCGGUGCUAGCCGAACAGCAGAUCCGGGCUCAACUGUCCAGUUUUCAGCUCAACGGCAUUGGCUGGGACGCGGAUUCCUUCCUUCUCUUGCUCGUGCUCGCUAAUGGGGCUUCGUCGUCACAAUUUGGCGAGCUCUCGAUGACCGGUUCCACCAGUGGUCUAGAUGAGCAACGAUGGGCAAAUGCACAGGCCUUGUUCGAUGCCGCAGAGAAGCGCAAGGACACGCUAUGGCGCAGCGACUAUCUGACGCAGGCUAGAUGUCACUUCUACAGUGGCAUGUUUAUGAUGGUCUCGAUGCGGCCGUUCGAUGCUUGGCGCCAUUUCCUGCAGGGUCUGGCCACUUGCCAGAGGUCGACAGCUUCGGCGCCCCGCCGUAGCCCUCGAGAUCCCGCUCAUGUUGAGAAGCAGGCUAAAGAGAGUAUCUAUUGGUCGUGUUGGAAGUCUGAGAGAGAACUCCGUUUUGAAUUAGACAUGCCGAAUUUUAGUUCUGCGGGAUAUGACCAUCCCAUCAUGUUUCCGACUCUACCACAACAAGUGUUUGACCAAGAGCAGCUCCGAGCGUGGUACUUUUAUCUCGCAGAAAUUUCUCUUUGGCGCUCUGAAAUGACGGCACGGAAAACGUUGUCAGAGUUCGUAAGGCAACAACCAGGUGCUUUGGAAGCUUUGGCGGAGCGAAUAGGUGAUCUCGAGGAAUCUUUGACUUUCUGGCGGGCUUCGUUGCCGGAUGCAAUCAGCCUCGACGCCGGGCUGCAGAGCAGCAGAGCAGACGUGCUACAUUUUGUGCUACAUGGUAGACUGACCUACAACUACGAAGUACUGACAUGGCCAUUUCUGGAGACCCAGUUGUUAUUCGGAGAGCACAGAACCGCCCGUGCAUCCGAACUGGCUGCCAAAGGUGUGCGCGUUCACUAUGAUCGACUCUCAAUCAACCGCGCUGGGUUUUAUUAUCGGCACCAUGGCACCUGGUUGAUGCAACGCUCGUCGGCACGCAGUGCAUGCAUCCUCUUGGCAGUUGCCCGGAGCAAAUCCUCCGAUCUCCUGCCGACGGGGUGGCAAGAGAUAGUGUCAGAUACAAUCGCAAUGCUCGAGUACUGGAGUGAGACGCCUGACGAUGAAACCAUUGUCUUUUUGAAAUCCGUCUUUCUUGAAUUUAUGCAAUAG